AUAGGCUAUUUUCAGCCAAUUUUUAUGGAUGAAACGGUGCACAUAAAAAAUAUGGCAUUAGAAGAGGAACUAUCGAAACAAGAGAGCGAAGAAGAGGAAGACGUAGGCUGUUACUUUCUUCAACCUUCUUCGUCGCCCUACAACGUGACCGAAAAAGUGCAAAAGGCCAACGUUGACCUCCAAAACUCCAACCUCAACUCGAACAAAACGGCCAAAGUCAAAUUCCGUGACGAGCUGGUAUCUUUCGAACCCGAUUUGACAGACGACGACGUUAACAGCAUAGAAAGCGACAUCCCGGCGGAAGAAAUCGUCCACCGCGGGGAACCUCUUUCCCAUAUACCUGAAGACGAAACCGAAUCCGAGUCGUUGAGGGUCGCAUACGCGGAAGCAGAACUAGAAGAGGAGGCGUGCGACAUUUUCGAAGAAGAAGAACUGGUCUCCGAUACAGAGGAUUCGGAUUCGCCAAAACCGUCGGAUACAACGAAAAUGCCGGACAGUCCAGAGAAAAUCGUUUCCGAAACCCUUAGGGUGGACUCCUGCAAGACUUAUAGAAAACCACACCGAAAAGCCAAGUCCACAGUGUCAGGAGUGAACUGCAGGGAGCACUGUAUCGAGCAUAUCGACUCCAAUUUAUCGAUGUCGAUAAGGAAACUGGAAAUUCACGAGAAGCCCCCUUCGAACUUACCGCCGCUACACCUGCGCCAAAGACCCUGCUGCGACGACAAUAAGAUCAACCGAAAUCUCCCGCGUUACAAUGGCUGCCGGUCUGAAUACGGGUUGACGUCGCGCCAGCUGCAACGGAGAAACCGAUACGCGGAAAUGCUGAAACAGAAAGAAAUCGCCAGACAACGUUUGCUGGAAGAAUACAGACGACUGAAGAUCGAGCAAAACGAGCAAGUGUUUUGCCAGUGGCUGAAAGAUAUUUCUCGAAGGAAGGGACAUUCUAGGAAUGCCAGCAGAGCCAGUCAUACCACCCAAGAAACGACCCGCAGCUUCGAUAAAGAUAACACGUCCAAACGGUUGAAAGAGAGACCCAAGACUGCCGGGGUGAACGAAUUUAUACCGAAGACCAGGAUCAAAAUGAAAAAGCGACCUUUGACGACGGAAUCCUGCAUAUACAUCCAGGUCCCAAGGGAUGUUUUAGCGAAGGGCAUCCAGAUCGGCGAUCUCUUGGUGACCAAUGCGAAGGCGAUCAACAAGAAGCUGCAUAUUUUAACCGUUUCCUAAUGAUUGCUGGUGCGCUUUCUAUUUGCCGCAAUUUAAUUCCUCUCUUCCUGUUAAAGCCAAAUGCUGUUUUUAAACUAAUAAAUUGUAA